CAGCAGCCGAGCACAAGCAGUAGCAAAUCUGAGAAACGUUUACCUGAGCAGGAGCCUCCCCAAAAUCCUCCUUCAGCUCUAGCCACUUUCUUCCUUCCGCCUCCUUUUUACUCCUUCUUGUUUCCAUGAAUGGAUCCCCCACCAUCACCGCCAUUCGAACCUCCACGAUGGGAAAUCCAACGGCCAUUAUUAAUACAGGUGAGUCCUUCCGUUUCAUCUGCUUCUUCACAAAACCUUUCUCCUCUUUCUCUUCCUCUCUUCCCUUAGACCCCGACUCACCCGAUCACGACCUCCCUUUACUCCUCCAUUCCAUCCUCUCCAAACCCAAUUGGCACAAACACCCUUCCCUCCCAAAUCUGAUCCCUUUCAUAUCCCCAUCCCAUGUCCAUUCCCUUUUAUCUCUCAACCCUUAUCUCCUUCCCCAAACUGCCCUCGAUUUCUCCUAUUGGAUCUCUCGAAAAUCCAAUUUCAAACACUCCGUUGUUUCCUAUUCUGCCCUUUUAAACAUCCUUGUGACUAACAAAUUCCUUGGUCCAGCUGAGAAAAUCCGCCUUGCCAUGAUCAAAUCCUCCUCUUCAAUCGACGAAGCCCGGUUCGUUUUAGAAUUAUUAAAAGAAAUGAAUAAAAAUGACGAACUUCAUUCCAAAUUUAAGCUUUCUGUUAGAUCCUAUAAUUUUUUGUUGAUGUCAUUAUCGAAAUUCUUGAUGAUUGAUGAAAUGAAAUCUGUUUAUAGUGAAAUGUUGAAUGAUAUGGUUUCGCCGAAUAUUUUUACUUGGAAUACUAUGGUUAAUGCGUAUUGUAAGAUUGGGAAUGUGGUUGAGGCUCAACUAUAUGUGAGUAAGAUUGUACAGGCCGGAUUGAGUCCUGAUACGUUUACUUUUACUUCCUUGAUUUUGGGGCAUUGCAGGAAUAAGGAUGUAGAUAGCGCAUUUAAGGUUUUUAGAAUGAUGCCAAAUAAGGGUUGUCGCAGAAAUGAGGUUUCAUAUACCAAUCUUAUUCAUGGUCUUUGUGAGGCUGGACGUGUUGACGAGGCUAUUAAGUUGUUUGAUACGAUGGGAGAGGAUUUUUGUUAUCCUACAGUUCGUACAUACACGGUGAUUAUUAGUGGAUUGUGUGAAGUAGGGAGGAAGUCAGAAGGAAUGAAUUUGUUUGAGCAAAUGUUGCAGAAGGGGUGUGAGCCAAAUGCUCAUACCUACACUGUAAUCAUUGAUAGCUUAUGUAAAGAACAUAAGGUUGAUGAGGCAAGAAAAAUUUUAGAUGGGAUGUUAGAGAAAGGGCUGGUUCCAAGUGUGGUCACUUAUAAUGCUUUGAUUGAUGGAUAUUGCAAGCAUGGAUUAAUGGAGGCUGCACUGGAAGUUUUGGGUAUGAUGGAAUCUAAUAGUUGUUGUCCAAAUGAUCGAACGUAUAAUGAAUUGAUAGCUGGGUUUUGUAAGAAGAAUGUACACAAGGCAAUGGCAUUUCUUGAUAAGAUGCUUGAACUUAAGCUGGUACCAAGUGUGGUCACAUAUAAUUCGUUAAUUGAUGGGCAGUGUAAAAUGGGGCAAUUAGAUAGUGCCUUUAGGCUGCUUGAGAUGAUGAGGGAGAAUGGUUUGGUUCCUGAUGAAUGGACUUACAGUGUUCUUAUAGACUCUCUUUGUAAAGUUGAUAGGGUAGAGGAAGCUCGUAUUCUCUUUGACUCUCUCAAGGAGAAAAGCUUAAAAGCAAAUGAAGUUGCAUACACUGCUUUGAUUGAUGGAUAUUGCAAGGUUGGGAAAGUUGAAGAUGCUCUUUCUUUGCUUGACAAAAUGAUUAAUGAGGACUGCUUGCCAAAUUCAUGCACUUGCAAUGCCCUUAUAGAUGGGUUGUGCAACACAAAAAAUGUGAAGGAAGCAUUGUUGAUGGUGAAAAAGAUGGCAGGGAUGGGUGUGAAGCCUACAGUAUAUACCUAUACAAUUCUCAUUAAACAGAUGCUUAAAGGAGGUGAUUUUGAUCAUGCAUAUGGGAUUCUUGACCAACAAAUUUCCUCAGGAUGUCAACCUGAUGUAUUUACAUAUACUGCUUUUAUUCAGGCGUAUUGUGGUGUAGGGAGACUGAAAGAAGCAGAGGAUAUGAUGAUUAGGAUGAAGGAAGAAGGAAUUUUUCCAGAUUCUCUGACAUACACAUUACUUCUUGAUGCAUAUGGGUGCUUAGGAUUAAUGUGUUCUGCAUUUGAUGUUCUCAAGCGUAUGUUUGAUGCUGGCUGUGAGCCUUCUCAUCAUACAUAUUGUUUUUUAAUCAAGCAUCUCAAAAGGAAACAAGGGACAGAGGAUGCCAGCCCUGCAAUGGAUUUGGUUUCAAAUGCGGUGCUGUUUAAUCAUGCUGAUGUGUGGAAGACAAUGGAAUUUGACACUGCUUUGGAGUUGUUUGAGAAAAUGCAUCAACAUGGUUGUGUACCCAAUGUUAACACUUACAGCAAGCUUAUCAUAGGACUUUGCAAAGUUGGACGCUUUGGAGUAGCCCAAAGGUUAUUUGAUCACAUGGGUGAACAAGGAAUAUCUCCAGGUGAAGAUGUCUACAAUUCUCUUCUUAGUUGCUGCUGUGAGUUGGGAAUGUAUGAUGAUGCUAUGAUGGUGGUGGAUCUAAUGAUCAAUUCUGGCCAGUUACCGCAUCUGGACUCCUGCAGACAACUGCUUUGCGGACUAUAUGAUGAAGGGAGUAAAGAGAAGGCUGAGAUGGUUUUUAAUAACUUGCUUCGUUGUGGUUAUAAUAGUAAUGAAGUAGCUUGGAAGAUUCUUAUUGAUGGCUUACUGGAAAGGGGGCUUGCUGAUAAAUGCUCUGAACUCCUAAGCAUCAUGGAAAAAAUGGGCUGCCAGCUCCAUACUAAUACAUAUUCAAUGUUAAUUGAUGGAAUUGAAGGAACAUAGAGUAUUGAUUCUUGGUAUUAUUUGCUUUAGAUUCUUGGCUUUUUGUUACUGGAAAGGAGACCACUGCAUUGCUCUUCCUUCUAGAUGGAUGCUAGUGAUGUAUAGAUUGAGGACUGCGUUCCUUUUGGCUUUGCAUCCCAAUAUGUAAAAGUGGGUUUCUUGUUUCAAUUGAAAUGUUUCUACUAGGCUGGCAAUGAAGGAGCAGUUUUUCAGUCAGAAGCACACACAUACCCCCAAAUUUCUGGUCGUUGAUAGCAUCAGUGCCCCCUCAUCAAGCGAACCAUUGUAGCUGACAAUCAAGAGGCAACAUAAUCCAUUCAAGGGUAUGAAAGGAGCAAGCGAUUACUCGAAUGACAGUAAAGCCAUAACUAUGCUACCCUGCUCAAGAGGGAUGACUGAGUGUAUUGUGCUUCACAGUCGAAAUCAACGCCUUGCCCAUGAGAGCUACAAAGCGCCUAGUGCAAUCGAAUCAGUUGGAAAGCACCGAACCAAACCUAGAUCAACUAGUACUCACAACCUUGAUUUCAUUUAUCCAAAAGAAACAGCGACAUUGAUUUUGGUAUCAAGAUUUGGGUUGCUAAUUGAUUAACCAUCACACGUGUUAAAAAAAAAAAGAAAAAAAGAAAAGUCAAAUAAAUAACUAUGUACAGUGAUAAUUCCAUUCAAAUGGGGAUAAAUAAAUGUCAAAUUUUUUUUAAGGUGCUUUAAGGUUGAUCGUAGUGUAUGAAAGAAUUUAUCCAAUUUUUACAAGGGAUAAUUAUUGGUUUUGAGAAUGGAAGUCGUAUUCUUAAGCGUUCAAUUAUAAAACGCACCUUGCGGUGUAGCAGGAGCGUAUCUCGCUAGCUCACAA